AUGUCGCUCGGUCCCAACGCCUGGCCUCCAGGCAAUAUUCGUCCUCCCGACGAGCAGCAUGAUUCGCCGAGACCUGUCAAUGGCUUAGUGAAGACCUUGUCUGGCUCGCGCACUCCCCAGAUACGCGGCUCCGUCAGCGGCGACGGCCCUAAUGGCAGUAUGACCUCCGAGCCCGAUCUCGCUAUCGAUGAGGAUGCGCGCCUGGGUCAAUUCCGCGAUGCCUACCGCAAUUACGAACAAUUCAUCAACGCAAAAUUCUCUGGUCGUUAUGUCCCUACCAAUUCGGCGCGUGUCGCAAAACCCGAGAUCCACCCUGCCGACACUACAUCAGAACGCGUUGAUGCGCCGGCUGCCCCUGCGGCGAAACCUUCAAAGCCUACCCGCAAAAUGGACGAUGACUAUGAUGAUUAUGAUGAUGACGAUGAUGCGGACAUGGAAGAUGAGACAGAUUUGCCCUCGAAGACCAAGUCGCUGCCCCCAUCGCAAGACCCAACUUCUGCCCCCGUCUCCACCCAGCAGCGUUCAGGUACAGCUGCCUCGACCAAUGGUUUGACGAAUGCCGAUGCUCCCAAGGAGUCCAAAAAGGAGACACUCGAAGAUAUUCGGAAGCAACUUGAAGAAGAUAAGAAAGCUACCGAGGAGGCUGCUAAGCGGAGCUUCCACACCUUGUUCUACACCAUGGAGAAUGAUCGCGAUGCGAUGUUGGAUCAACAAAGAUUGGAAGAGUCCGAGCGACAAGUUGAUGCAGAGAUCUCGGGCCAAGCCAACACUGGCGGAAAUAAUGCUGGCGGCGGUUCAAAUGGAUACAGCUCCCUCAGUAACACCAACCUUGGAGCAUCCAGCUUGACCCUGAAAAACCUUAUCGCCCGAAUCGACAAAAAGCGUGACAUGGUUCAAGCUUCCGACGCUGAGCUCCGAAGUUUGCUGAGUGAAGUGCGCAAGAACCGUAGCAAGUGGGCCAGCGAGGACAAGAUUGGCCAGGAGGAACUCUACGAAGCUGCGGAAAAGGUCCUCAGUGAGCUCAAGGCUAUGACAGAACACUCGACUGCUUUUUUGACCCGCGUCAAUAAGCUUAUCAAACAUCCCAUGGAUCUGGGAUCAAUGACAAAGAAGCUCAAAGGCAUCCAGUAUCGCUCGAAACAGGACUUCGUUGACGACCUCAAUCUCAUUUGGACCAAUUGUUUGAAAUACAACACGAAUCCUGAGCAUUUCUUACGAAAGCAUGCUCUUUACAUGAGAAAGGAAACCGAGAAAUUAGUCCCUCUUAUUCCCGAUAUCGUGAUCCGAGACCGCGCGGAAGUUGAGGCUGAAGAGCGUCGCCUCCAAAUGGCCGAGCUCGAUGGUGCCGAGGAAAGCGACGAUGAGCCCAUUAUGUCCUCACGUGGAAGAAAAGCGCCGGGAAAAUCAUCCAAAAAAGGCACUGCGCCUUCCAGGAAUACUCCAAGUGGCUCCGAAGGUCCCUCAGGAGGACCAUCUAGUCAGCCUUCAGCUCCUGCUCGUGCAGAUUCGGACACCGCCAUGGAAGCGAGUCAGAAUGGGUUUGGCACACCACCUCCUGGUUCUCAUACACCUUCUGAUCCCGCUGGUCCUGGAGCCGGUGGGGCAGUAAGCCAUGCGGAUGACACCAUGGAACUCGAUGGUCCCCUCCCAUCAACGACUGCUCUUAGUGCUCUGGCCGGCCCUGGUGCUGAGUUGGAAGACCCUGAAUACAAGGUGUGGAAACAGGUUACCAAGAAAGACCGGGCCCUGAUAGCUGCAGAGCGUCAUAGGUUGCUGAAAGGCGACAAGCUGAAUCCGGAUGAAUUCGCUUUGAUGAGAACAAAGGCUGGUAUGCGCCGAUGGCUCCGCCAUGAAAAGCAAGCUGCUAUCGAAGCUGAUAAAAUCCACGAUGGUGGGUCUGGAGCAAUGGAACCCGAGGCUGCUGGUGAGACACUUGCAGAAGGUAUUGAAGGCGAAGAAGAAAAGAUGAUUCCAUAUUACUACGACGUCAUGUCAGGUGUUCCCGAUAUUCCAGAUUACCUCGUUUGGAAGGAGGAUGCUCAAGGUAAUGUGGUGGAUUCAAGAGAAGAGUAUCUCCGUGUUCUUCCCAAGGGGUCUUUUACCCAGCCUGACAGCAAGCUAUCUCGGAAGCUGGAUGCGAAUAUGCGACAGAUGCAAGAGACUCGCAAGAUAUGCUCGAAGAUUGGCAUCGUGAAACAGAUGCAGCUCCAAUCUCAAAUGUAUCAAAACCAAUUCCAGAAAUACAACCCAGAGCCCUUUGUGGAGCACGAUAUCCCACCUCAUGUCAUGAAUGACAAUGGUCCUGUCAUUGCUCCUGCAACUUGUCGCGCAGCAUUGCAGCGCUCCGUUGCCAAAAUCUUUUACCACACUGGAUUUGAAGAGUAUCAGCCAGCCGCCAUAGAAGCCGCCACGGAUAUCGCCGCCGAUUUCUUUAAAAAGAUUGGCCAGACAAUCAAGUCUUACAUGGAAGCCCCAAUGGUCCCAGCUACAGAGUCCCAGGACACUGCCGCACCUACUACAGAAUGGAAACCGGCCUACACCCAGCCGCAGAAGAUUCUCCAUACACUCGGUACAGUUGGCAUCAAUAUUGAAGAACUUGAGUUGUACAUCAAGGAUGAUGUUGAUCGACUCGGAACCAAGCUUUCGACCGCCCAUGAUCGUCUUAAGUCGCUGCUCACAGAACUUUUGCGCCCUGCUCUUGCAGAUGGCGGCGAAGAUGGUUCUAACGUGUUCCAAGACGGAAGCGAGCAGUUCGUUGGUGGUGAUUUCGCUGAGGAUAUCGAUGAAGAUUUCUUCGGAUUCAAGGAACUGGGCCUGGACCGUGAAUUUGGCCUAUCCAAUCUGAGUGUGCCGCUGCAUCUGCUCCAGAAUCGGAUGUACAACGCGGCGCAGUCACAGAAUACGAAUACAAUUCAAACCGUCACCCUUUUCCAGACGCCACCGCCAUACUCGCGCAUUUCGGUGGAUAACUUCUCAACCCACAUCGGCCUAAUGCAAACUUUCUUCAAAGGCAAGCUGGAUGCCAACGGAGAUGAACCCCUUGUGGAAGACCUUGAAUUGCCCCCCGAAGCAAAGACCAAUGGCCGUCAAGCCCCGUCUACCAGCAUCUGUCCUCAGAAACGACCGGCACCUUCCAAUGCAGUUGGAGGUAUCAAGAUCGGACUUGCCGAGCCGAGCAAGAAAAAGGCCAAGAAGAAUAGUGGUGUGGCCUUGGAGAUGCCUAAUUUCAACUUCGAUGGAGACGGAGAUCAGGGCGACUCAUUUGAUGGGGCUGAUGUUAAGCCCGUUGAUGGUAAUGCCAUGGGUGAGAAUGUUGGUGAUUCUAAUGUUUCGCAACCAGAACAUGUUGCGUCCUUAACAAACGGUACCACAGCAUAA